AUGGGUACGCAGAAACCUGGAGAAUGGGCGAAUUCACUAAUAGCACGAUUUGAAGAGCAGCUUCCUUACAAAACUGGUGCACAGAAUCUGCAUUCGCGCAUCAAUGAGGAACAAUGUAAAGCAUGUCUGGUGCAGAUCAGUCGACACCGAUUUUCCCUCGUCAUUGCUGGACUCACGAAAAUUUUGCAACGUGUGAAUGAAUUGUACCAGCCAACAAUCUCAUCAUGUCUGAACCGACCCCAAACAGACUUAGAAAAAGGCUACCAUGAUAGCCUCGUCAUUGUGUUGGACACCCUCGAGAUCUGUCUUAGCUCACAGCCUAAAGAUACCACUAAAUAUGAUGAGGCGAUGAAUGUCAAGAUACUUCUGAGGGAGGUCUGCCAGUUUAUAGACAUGCGCAACGAGAGCAACGUGAGCAACACGUUAUUGAGACAACUAGCCAGCAAAGUACUUUUUGCAUUAAGCCUCAAUUUCUUCAAUGCGGUCUUCAACAGGAUUAGCGCGCGAUUACAGGAACUAGCAUCUAGCUCAGAAGAAAACCCCGAUUAUACAGAUAUAGAAUUAAUACAACAUAUAAAUGUAGAUAUAUUAAGGCUUAUACGACUUCUAACAGAGUCUAUACAAAAGUUUAAGUUGUUAAGAAAGUCAGCGCACAUAGUGUUAGUUACUUCACUAGAAAAAGCCAUUUGGAACUGGAUGGAUACCUACCCACAGGAGUUUGCAGAAGUGCAGUGCCGGCCUAACGACGAGCUAAGCAAAUGCUGCGACACGCUGUUUGAUACGCUGCAGGACUGCUUCUCCGACAACAAGAAGUCGCGCGUCGCAAUGUGGCCGCUUCAAAUCAUGCUUUUGGUUUUAAACCCUAAAGUACUAGAAGAAAUAGUAAAUGCAGACAGUGGUGCCCCGUGUAGCCCUCGGCACACAAAGAAAAAACAUUUUAUUGAUUCUGUUAAAAGAGGACUUAGUCCGCAAAACAACUCCAAACAGAUGAUUGAGGCGGCAGUUGUCACAUGCGUGAAGCUAUGUAAGGCAUCGACAUAUUUAAAUAUUGCGGACUCGGGGAACGUUACAUUUGUUCUUGUGAAGUCCGUCAUUAACGAUCUCAAGUCCCUGCUAUUCAAUCCUUCAAAAUCAUAUAUACGAGGGAAUCUGAUAUCCGGAUACUCGGAACUGGAUCUGAUGACUGAUUGCUUUGUGUCGUUGUUCCGAAUUAUGCCUCACAAUAACGACGCACUUAAAGUUUGUCUCAAUCUAAACACGCAUAUAUCAUACCAUUACGUCAUCGUCAACUCGUUACUACGAAUAAUAAAACAACCGAGGUUACCGUGGUGGCCGCAAAUUGAAUUGCUAUAUCCGAGAGCUGCUGAACUGAGGGCCAUGUUCACUGACACACUGAAUAAAGCAACACAAGGAUAUAUAGUGCACACGCCUCUUCGAAUGAUCUCACUGUCGCUCAAGUCCAAGGAGGUUCAAUCGAAAUUCAACAAAUCUGAAGAGAUGCCUGCAUACAGAAACCUAUUGCUCUGCUUUGUGAAGUUAAUACAUGCUGACCCAAUGCUUAUGCUUAGUAAUCCAGGUCGUUCUGGUGUUGAAAUCCAAUCAUCGACAACAGAGCUUAUAAACGGCCUGGUAUCAUUAGUACAUCACACCGGUAUGGGCGAAAUUUCACAAGAAGCCAUGGACGCACUGUUGGCCCUUCACAGGCCGGAUAGAGUACACAUGUGGAAUCCGGAAGCACCUCUUAACACCUUUUGGGAUAUAAGUUCUCAAGUGCUAUACAACAUAAGUCAAAAGUUAAUCCAGCGUCAGAUCGGCAACUACCGCGAGGUACUGCGAUGGUUGCGCGACGUGCUGACUUGCCGCAACGAGUUCCUCGCCAAACACAAGGACUAUGCCAACGUGGGCUCGCAGAUACCAAUCUGUAAACAAGCACAUAUAAAGCUGGAGGUGGUGUUCUUCAUGUGCCUGUGGUCGAUCGACACGGACGUGGUGCUGGUGGCGAUGUCGUGCUUCGCGCUGCUGUGCCAGGAGGCGGACAUCCGCUGCGGCUCCGACGAGAUCAGCACGCAGUGCCUGCUGCCAAACUACGCGGUCUUCCAGGAGAUCGCGCACACCUCCACAGUGCUCACCACAGGUUCUGCCGCUUUGCAGAAGCGCAUAAUGGCAUUACUAAGGAAAAUAGAACAUUGCGUAAAUGGUGUGCAGCCUGUUUGGGAAGAAACAUUUCGAUGUUGGGACUCGCUGUGCAAGCUGCUGCAGAAGUACCCGAAGGGGCCCGAGCGCGCCGACGAGCCGCCCGAGCCGCUGCACCGCGCCGUGCCCAAGCGCCGCGUGCCGCACCACACCGCCAGCGAACACGACGUAGAGAUGCAAAUCCAAGAGUGGGCGAACAUAACCUCCUUUCUGUGCGCAUUAGGAGGCGUGUGUCUUCAGCGCCGACCGUCCACAGUCUGGUCGCAUUUACAUGAUACACGAAAAUACAACGUUUUAGCAAAUAGCUCACAAGAAGUUCAGUACUGUCCGGUUACACAGUUUAUAGGGCAACUUUUGCGUUUGUUGCUGUGCACCAACGAGCGCUUCGGGCAACAAAUCCAAACUCACGUCAAAGAACUUGUGGGUCACGAGAUGUCACCUGCUCUCUACCCUAUACUAUUUGACCAAAUUAAAGCCAUCAUUGAUAAGUUUUUUGACCAACAACAACAGGUGAUGCUAACGGAAAUUAAUACGCAGUUUGUGGAGCACACUAUAUUCAUAAUGAAGAGCAUUUUAGACAACAAAAAGACUGGGCAACCUGCAGAACCUCUUAGUACUACUUCUAUCGAGGGCCUAAUGUUGGCUAUAGUCAGGUACGUGCGUCAUUUAGACAUGACUGUGCUUUCGGUGCAUAUAAAGACGAAACUGUGCCAAGUUGUGGAAGCGAUGAUGAGUCGAAGGGACGAUCUCGCGUUCAGACAGGAAAUGAAAUUUCGAAAUAAGAUGGUGGAGUAUGUGACCGAUUGGGUUCUUGGUACUAGUCAUCAGAUAGCUCGGGCCGAGGCAUCUUCUAAAUCAAGGUACCUGGUGGUGUGCCGCGAGCUGGACCAGGCGUGUAUGGAGGCGGUGGCGGCGCUGCUGAAGGGGCUGCCUCUGCAGCCCGAGGAGUCCGACCGCGGCGACAUCAUGGAGGCCAAGAGCCAGCUCUUCCUCAAAUACUUCACGUUAUUUAUGAAUUUACUCAACGACUGCAACGAAGUAGAAAUGGCAGAAGGUCCAGGAUUGGAAGCUCUUAGAAAUGCCACCAUUCAAGCCAUGUCCAACUUGCUAAGCGCAAACAUUGACUCUGGUCUAAUGCAUAGCAUAGAUCUGGGUUACCACUGCGACCUACAGACCCGAGCGGCAUUUAUGGAAGUGUUGACGAAAAUCUUGCAACAAGGCACAGAAUUCGACACACUGGCUGAGACAGUGCUGGCCGACCGAUUUGAACAGUUAGUCCAGCUUGUCACCAUGAUUUCGGACAAGGGGGAACUGCCAAUUGCAAUGGCGCUCGCGAACGUUGUGAGCACGUCUCAAAUGGACGAACUUGCGCGCGUGUUCGUCACGUUGUUUGAUGCCAAGCAUUUAUUGGCUCCGUUGCUAUGGAAUAUAUUCUACAGAGAAGUAGAGGUAUCCGACUGCAUGCAAACGCUUUUCCGAGGAAAUUCGUUAGGUAGCAAGAUAAUGGCGUACUGUUUCAAGAUAUACGGUUACGGGUACCUACAAUCAUUAUUGGAGCCGCUUAUUUCUGCGUUAUUGGACCAAGCCGAGCAGCAACCGGAGCUGAGCUUUGAAGUAGAUCCUGCAAGAUUGGACACGAACCAAGACAUUGACGUGAAUCGAUCGAAUCUGAUCGCGCUGACGAAAGAAGUGUUCGACUGUAUCGUCAAUUCGUCGGAUAAGUUUCCGCCGCAACUGCGCAGCAUGUGUCACUGCCUUUAUCAGGUGUUAAGUAAACGUUUCGCUCAGUUUCCACAAACUAGCGUAGGAGCAGUCGGCACUGUUCUAUUUUUAAGAUUUAUCAAUCCUGCUAUAGUUUCACCACAAGAAAUGGGAAUUGUGAGUCGGCCAGUGCCGGCGCAAGUGAAACGCGGUUUGAUGUUAAUGUCCAAGAUCUUGCAAAACAUCGCCAACCACGUUGAAUUCUCCAAAGAACAGCACAUGUUACCCUUUAAUGAUUUCCUCAGAGCACACUUUGAAGCAGGUCGCAAAUUCUUCAUCCAAAUAGCAUCGGACUGCGAGAGCAUUGACCAGACUUCCCACAACCUGUCGUUUAUCAGCGAUGCCAACGUAGUCGCUUUGCACCGGUUGCUGUGGAAUCAUCAGGAACGAAUCGGAGACUACCUGUCCUGCAGCAGAGACCACAAGGCCGUCGGCAGGCGACCAUUUGACAAGAUGGCGACUUUACUUGCAUAUUUAGGGCCUCCAGAGCAUAAGCCUGUUGAAUCCACAUCCAGUCUUCUGUUUUCGUCGUACGCACGAUGGUCGUCCAUCGACAUGUCCUCAACAAAUUUCGAGGAGUUCAUUGUGAAGCAUAAUAUGCACGAAAAAGAAGAGUUUAAAAGUAUCAAAUCCCUGAACAUUUUUUACCAGGCUGGUACCAGCAAGAUUGGCAACCCAGUUUUUUAUUUCAUUUCAAGAAGAUACAAAAUCGGCGAGGUGAAUGCGGAUCUGCUGAUCUAUCACGUGAUCCUAACAUUGAAGCCAUUUUGCCAACAGCCUUUUGAACUGAUAGUAGAUCUUACGCAUGCUUCUUCCGAGAACAGGUUUAGGACAGACUUCUUACAAAAAUGGUUCAGCGUGCUGCCUGAAGUGGCAUACAUCAAUAUCCACGCCAGUUAUAUCUACAAUUGCAACAGCUGGGUCAGGGAAUACACUAAGUUCCACGAGUCGAUACUAGCGCCACUAAGAGGCAAUCGCAAACUAAUAUUUAUAGACAGCCAUACGAGGCUGAGCGAUUUCGUGGACCCCGAGCAAGUAAAGUUGCCGGGCACUACGCUGACACUAGAAGAGGAUCUUAAAGUGUUCAACAAUGCACUGAAACUGUCGCAUAAGGACACCAAAGUGGCUAUUAAGGUUGGACCUACUGCACUUCAAAUAACGGCAGUUGAGAAGACCAAGGUGUUGGGGACACCAGUUCUGCUUAAUGAUGUUUACUACGCCUCUGAAAUCGAUGAGGUGUGCUUGGUGGAUGACAACCAAUUUUCAUUAACAAUAAUCAAUGAUCCGACACCGCUGAGUUUUAUACAUAAUGAUUGCGACAACAUCCUACAAUCAAUCAUUCAUAUACGCAGCCGCUGGGAACUUAGUCAGCCACAAGAUUCCGUAACCGUACACCAAAAGAUCCGACCUAAAGACGUGCCGGGCACGCUGCUGAACAUGGCGCUGCUGAACCUGGGCUCGUGCGACCCCAACCUGCGCACCGCCGCCUACAACCAGCUGUGCGCGCUCACCGCCACCUUCCACCUCAAGAUCGAGGGCCAGCUGCUCGAGACCUCCGGUCUGUGUAUUCCAUCAAAUAACACAAUAUUUAUUAAAUCAGUGAGCGAGAAAUUAGCACACAACGAACCACACCUCACCCUUGAAUUUUUAGAAGAAUGUAUACAGGGUUUUAGCGGAUCUACAAUAGAACUGAAGCAUUUAUGUUUAGAGUAUAUGACCCCUUGGUUAGCGAAUUUAGUUAGAUUCUGCAAGCCAUCUGAUGAAUCUCGACGUCAAAAACAAGUAGCUCAGAUAUUGGAAAAGCUAAUAACGUUAACAAUCGAGGAGACAGAAAUGUACCCUUCGGUGCAAGCCAAAAUCUGGGGCUCCAUUGGACAAGUGCCCGAGCUUAUCGAUAUGGUGCUCGAUAGCUUUAUUCAGAGGAGCGUCAACUCUGGCUUAGGAUCACCAAUGAUUGAAAUAAUGGCGGACACGGCGGUAGCGCUCGCUUCCGCUAAUGUGCAGCUCGUGUCCAAGAAAGUCAUCGGCCGCAUGUGUCGGGUAGUGGAUAAAACAUGCCAUUCUCCAACUGCAAUGCUGGAGCAACAUAUGAUGUGGGAUGACAUUGCCAUAUUGGCUAGAUAUUUGCUGAUGCUGUCGUUCAACAACUGCCUGGACGUGGCGCGCCACCUGCCGUACCUGUUCCACACGGUGUCGUUCCUGGUGUGCUCGGGCACCGUGCCCAUGCGCGCUGCCACGCACGGCCUCGUCAUCAACAUCAUACACUCGCUCUGCACUUGCAACACGCCCAGCUUCUCCGAAGAGACUCGGCGCCUACUAAUGAUGUCGUUGGAUGAGUUCGCGCUGCCCAAAUUUUAUCAAAUGUUUGGCAUAUCCAAAGUAAAGUCCGCUGCUGUCACCGCCUUUAGAAGUCCCUACAAUCAUCACGGUGGAGAUUGGUACUCGGAGCAGUCGUAUAGUGGGUGCGCGGAGCAGUCGCUGGGCAGCGCUGUGUGCAGCGCGCACACGCAUACGGAUCGCGAGCGCCUGCCGCUGCAGUCGCUGGAGACCAUCACCGACGCGCUGCUCGAGAUCAUGGAGGCCUGCAUGCGCGACAUCCCGCACUGCGAUUGGCUCAACACCUGGACAUCUCUAGCUAAAAGUUUUGCUUUCUGCUUCAACCCGGCCUUACAACCUAGAGCGUUGAUAGUGUUUGGAUGUAUAAGCAAAAAUGUAACCGACGACGACAUGAAGCAAUUACUGAGGAUAUUGGUAAAAGCAUUGGAAUCCUUUAACGACCUUGCACUUUUGGAAGCUCUCAUCAUGUGCCUUACGAGACUACAGCCACUGUUGCACCCGGAAUCGCCAAUACACAAGGCACUGUUUUGGGUGGCAUUAUCCGUGCUUCAGUUAGGCGAAGCCACGCUAUAUGCAGCGGGUUUAGCUCUAAUGGAACAAAAUCUACACACAUUGGACUCGCAAGGAGUAUUCGAUAACAAGACUUUAGAGCAAGUGAUGAUGGAAACUCGGGAACCUUUAGAGUGGCAUUUCAAACAGCUGGAUCAUGCGGUUGGUUUAAGCUUUCGGUCGAACUUCCACUUCGCGCUGGUUGGGCAUCUAAUCAAGGGCUAUCGGCACCCGCAGGCGGCCACCGUGUCGCGCACGUGCCGUGUGCUCGCCGCGCUGCUGGCCACCGCCGCGCGCCGCCACCACGACAAGUUCCACGUGGCGCCCGCCACCGUCGCCUACCUCACCGCGUUGGUAUGCGUUAGCGAAGAAGUUAGGUCGCGAUGUCAUGUGAAGCAUUCCCUUCCAAAGUGGCUGCCUGACAAUUGUGAUCAUUACUGCCCAACCGCGGAACAUCUCCAGUCAUCGAUGCUGAUUCAGCCGCAAUCUUCCACACACUUGUCUUGCCACAGUCGUCGCCAGAAAUCCUGGGACAUGCUCGACCAAGUAGCGUUAUCCUAUGCACAUGGCGGUAAAUCCCCAACACUACAACAUUCAAGCAGCGGCGGCCACAGUCCGCACAUGAUGAGCAUUUCACACCAGACGUCAGCUAGAAUGCUUUUUAAGACGCAACGAUCCUUCUCCGUGCCCACUUCAAAAGAUGCGAUUGGUGCUCCACGUGAUAGCGAAGGUCGUGCUCAUAGCGUACAACAUGGUGUGGCCGGGGAAGCGGCCAGGGAACACGGGGACGCUGACAGUGGACUUGAUGGCUUGGAAGACGACGGACGCGCCUCGCCAGUUAGCACAGAUGAUGCAACCGACAGACCCUCAUCUACAAAGUCUGGAGAUAGUGAUUACCCUGAAUCAUCGACAAAGCAAACAUCAACUGAUAAAGACACCACAAGUCCAGAGUGCAACAGUCUUCUGGACCCUUCUGUGUUGUCCGACUUCACUACUCAAGCACUUGUGCUCACUGUGCUUGCAACGCUCGUCAAGUAUACGACAGAUGAAGAUGAAAUAAGAAUAUUAUACCAGUAUCUAGCAGAGGGUUCCGUUGUAUUCCCGAAGGUGUUUCCAGUUAUCCAUAGUCUACUCGAUAUGAAGAUCAACCACGUUCUAAUGCAUUGCCAUGAUCAAGUCAUAUUGAGUGCAGUACAAAGCAUUAUACAGAACAUGAUAGCUUCGGAGGACGCGAGUCAGCAGCAGCUGCAUUAUAUGCAAAGCUGCGGCUUCGGUGGCUUAUGGCGGUUUGCCGGACCUUUCUCUAAGAAUCAGUGCACUGCGGAGAGCAGCGAGCUGUUCGUGAAUUGCCUGGAGGCGAUGGUGGAGACGUGCCUGCCCGGGGACGACUCGGUGCGGCCGCGCGCGCCGCCGCCCGACCCCGACUGCCCCGAGCCGCACGACGCGCACCGCUACGCAGGUGUACACAGGCAGCCAACAUUGUACUGCCCAACCCAAGACCCGUAG